ACCUAGGGUUACGACUUCCCUCUCCUCUCGGAACGGCGGCAGCUCUAUUGCAGGACGCAGCUCGACACAGAGAAGAGAAAAAUUCACAAUGGCGGAUAACAAAGAGAAAGCAGUCUCGAUCCGCACCCGAAAGUUCAUGACCAACCGCCUCCUCUCUCGCAAACAAUUCGUCAUUGAUGUUAAUCACCCUGGAAAGGCCAAUGUCUCCAAGGCGGAGUUGAAGCAGAGGUUAGCGACUUUGUACGAUGUUAAGGAUCCGAACUCGAUCUUCGUGUUCAAGUUCAGGACUGCUUUUGGAGGCGGGAAGUCAACUGGGUUUGGAUUGAUUUACGAUUCUGUUGAGAGUGCGAAGAAGUUCGAGCCCAAGUAUCGUCUCAUUAGGAAUGGAUUGGCUACAAAGGUUGAGAAGUCUAGGAAGCAGAUGAAGGAAAGAAAGAACAGAGCAAAGAAGAUCCGUGGUGUGAAGAAGACAAAGGCCGGAGAUGCUGCAAAGGGUGGAAAGAAGAAAUGAGGAAUCAUUGGCUCUAUCAUGAUCAUGAUGUUCUAUCAUAGUUUUGUUUAAUUAAGUUUUGGUUUGGACUGAGUUUAUUCACAUUACAUUGUGCCUUACGGUUUAUAUUUAAAAAUUCUAUGCUAAUGUGCUUUAGUUUAAGACCUAUAUUGGGACACAGGUUGCCUAGUGUUGGACCUGCGCUUUUAUUUAACCCCGGAAAUUGAAGCGGUGGUUUUUUUCUGUGUUGA